AUGCGCGCGCGCGCAACUGCAAUGGAUAGAGCCGUAUCAGCAUGGCUCGCAGAGACUAGCCUGCCCAUAGACGGCGCCUCAAUCAUCAAGAAACUAAACAAAUCCUACACAGUGUACGGUCGCAUGCUCCUACUGCCACCCACAGCAUUCUCAGGUCCAGAAUGGGAAGCCAUCCACUCCCAUCCCAACCAUCAUCUCCAGGAAUCACUCUACCUCCAAGUCUGCAAACAUAUGAACGUCACCCAUAUAGCUUUCAACAAGCCUAUACCCCUCAACAACAGCACGGAACCAGCUGAGCAAAACAUCCUCCGAAGUCCACAGAAUUUCACACCUCUGCAUGGCGACUUCGGUCCCACGACAUGCAGUCAGCCUCCCACCCAGCAUGAUCUGGACGCUGCAUUCUGGGUGACAGCGAAACAAAAUGGAAUUCUUCAGACGUGGGCACCGAGAUGGACCAUGUUUUCUCGAGGAAAUAUUUCAGAGAAAGCACGACUACUUACCCUCCCAUCGCUUCUAAAUGCCGUGGAAGAAGGUCGAGAAAGUGGCAAAGCUUGUGCAGCGGUGGACUUAUAUGCCGGAAUUGGAUAUUUCGCAUUCUCAUAUGUCAAAGCCGGGUUCAGCAAAGUGCUAUGCUGGGAUUUAAAUCCUUGGAGUUGUGAGGGUUUGAGGAAGGGGGCUAGAGGGAAUAAAUGGACGACAGAGACUUUUAUGGGGAAUGAAGAGGCAAUGCUUGGGGGGAAUGAGGCGGAAUUUCUGGUUUUUAAUGAGACGAAUGAGCUGGCUCCGGGGAGGGUGGAGAGGAUGAGAAAUGGACUGCCGCCGAUCAGACAUGUUAAUUGUGGUAUGCUGCCGAGUUCUAGGGCGAGUUUGGAACUUGCCGCUAAGAUUUUGGAGCCUGCCAUGGCAGGAUGGGUGCAUGUGCAUGAGAAUUUUCUGGUCGAGGAGAUUGAGAAGAAGGCCGAGGAGACGAGGGCGGAGUUGGAGAAGAUAUUGAAGGGGUUGGGAUGCGGGAUGGAUGUUGAGCUGGAGUACAUCAGUCGGCUGAAGAAUUAUGCGCCUGGGGUUAUGCACUGUGUGCUUGAUAUUGCGAAGAAGGGAUUUAAAGGUGAUUGA